UUGUUGCUGCGAUGAUGAGGUAAAAGGUCAUCCUGUGUAACGUGUCAGCAGACUGUCACCACACCGGUGUCAGUCACUCCACCCGUCGGCUUUUGCUGGUUCGGCACCUCAGCUGACCUCUAAGUUAUCUGAGUAAAAUGGCCAAAAAGCGGAGAGAAAGACGGGAAAACGACGGUGUGUCCUCUGAACAGGAGGAGGUGAAGGCGGAGGAUUCACCAGUACCGAAAGAGGCUAAGCACACUGAGGGGGGCUCAGCACGCAUGUCUCUCCUGAUUCUGGUGUCCAUCUUCACCUGCGCUGCCUCAGUCAUGUACCUGGUCUACAGGAACUUCCCAGAGCUUCCUGAUGAUGAGAUGGAGAAAAUCAAGAUACCAAAAGACAUGGAUGAUGCCAAAGCCUUGGGUACUGUGCUGUCUAAAUACAAAGACACGUACUACUCCCAAGUGUUGGUGGCCUACUUCGCAACAUACAUUUUCCUCCAGACAUUUGCAAUCCCGGGAUCUAUCUUCCUCAGCAUCCUGUCUGGAUAUCUUUACCCUUUCCCCUUGGCUCUUUUCUUAGUCUGCUUGUGCUCUGGUCUCGGUGCUUCCUUUUGCUAUUUGCUAUCAUAUCUGGUGGGCAGACCCAUUGUCUACAAAUAUCUCACAGCGAGAGCACAUAAAUGGUCCCAGCAGGUUGACAAACAUCGAGAUCAUUUAAUUAAUUACAUCAUCUUCCUGAGGAUAACCCCCUUCCUUCCCAACUGGUUCAUCAACAUCACCUCGCCUGUCAUUAACGUGCCUUUGGGGGUUUUCUUCAUCGGUACCUUUCUUGGGGUGGCCCCGCCAUCCUUUGUAGCGAUCAACGCCGGUACGACACUGUACAAGCUUACCACAGCAGGUGAGGCCGUGUCCUGGAACUCUCUGGCUGUGCUCGGUGUCCUCGCCGUUCUUUCCAUCUUGCCCGUCUGCUUCCAGAAAAAGCUGCAAAAGAAACUAGAGUAGGACGUUAUACACUUCAGCACCUCAUCUGCUGGCUGAUCCCGGCAUCCCCUUGCCCUCGGCUCAGGAACGUGCAGCUGUCACUCAAGUUGCUCUGCCUCCGUCUCAUACAAAGCUGCUGGUGGUGGAACCUCUGGAUCACUGGCACAAUAAGCACUCAUCCACCACACAAUGCAUGCAGUUGUGGGUUAUUCCUGAUUUUAAUGUAAAGUGGCCGCUGACUGCACACGUUUUUUUUAGUUUCUGUAAAGGAUGUUCUUGAUUUUGGCACAUCUUGUAAAUGAAUUAAAUUUAGCCUUUGUUUUUAUUUAAGUCAUUGUUCAUUAUUUUAUGAUUCUUGCCAGACAAUUAAAGGUGCUACCCAUAGGAUGUUGGAGUAAAACUCUGCACUGCAUUCUGAUAAGUUUAAAGGGGAAAGACUGCUAAAAACAACGUCAUCAGUACCUUGUCGAGUCUGUUGUAGACAUCACAUUUGAAAAUGACUGGAAUAGCUUUUACUAUUGCAUUUGCUUUGGAAGUAGCUCAUCAAUUACAUCCUGUUUGUAGCACCUUUUUAACUACCACUCCCUUUUUAAUAUUUAUUUUCAAAUACUAAUAUUAUACUAGUAAAAGUGUACCACCAUAGCAAUACCGUCACAAUAGUGUUGAAAGUGUAUUUUAGUUUUUAAAAAGUUAAGCUCUGUUACCUGGGGAUUGCCUUGGCGGACGUAUGCAUCAUGAAGAGAGACUGAAACUAGAGACGAAAGUGUGAUGACUAAUCUUGGUAAGUGCUACUUCUGUGGUAUGUGAGUUUCCUGUUCUCCUUUUAAAAGGUGCGUGGAUCCAUUUUGAGUCAUUUUACAUCAUUUUAAUGAAUAGACAAAGCUGAUGCAAUACUGUUUUUACUGUAUUGUAGUAUGCCAAACUCAAAGCAUUUCCCAUUUCAAAUUUGUAACUAGUAAGUGAACAUAAAUUCAACACAAAAGCCAACAUCAUCUUGGGUUCCAAUGUUACGCAGAUGUUAAUAAUAACCCAGUUCUAGUUGUAUCUGUCUAUGUCCCAUGCAAUUGUUUGCUAUGCCAGCAGAAAUUUAGAUUUCUGCACCAUGGAUUAGGCACCAGUGGUUGAGGCACCAGUAAAUUAAAUAGUGCCCUCAGUAAGACUGCCAACAGGCUGAGCUACCCGAGCCUUACCUUGCUUUUUACUACUUCCAUUCUUCAAAUGUUUCAAUAUUUGCCUGAUAUGUGUUUUUAGUUUUCCCUAAAUAGUUUUGAAUUACUGAUUUUUGAGUCUUUUCGUAUCAAAGCUUAGUGAAUUGUUUCAUUUAGAUUUAUUUUUGUGCCUGUGUACCAUUGUAACCUAUUGCUGCUGCUUAAAAACACUCUGGAUGUUUACUAGAGACGUUGAUGCAGUGAAUGUACAUCAUGGUAACUUAUUCCAACACAUUUUUAUUAAAUCUCUUAAAAACACAUGUAUAGAGCAUGGGUGCAUUUUGAGAUUUUCAGCAGAUUUAGUGUGUACUACUGUCAGAUUAUUAACAUCUCAAGCCCAGAUACAUAAACCUCAAUUUAUGUGAAAUGUUAAUGGUUCUACUGUAUGAGGAUACUGAUGUUGUAGCAUAUCCUUUUAUACUUUUUGAAGCAGAGCGCUACUUCUUUCAAAGACUGUUUGGCUGUUUUUAUGGUUACUACUGUUUUAUGAAAGGGUGCUGCAUUGUACAACUGAAGUAUAUUGGAAAAUUGCAUCUUUACUAAAGUGGUGAAAUUAAUUGAUUCAAAACGACUAAUCUCUCAGACAAAUGUUUUUGAAAGGAAGAUAAUAGAUUUUAAUUCUCAAUUUGCUAUAUUGUUUAAACCUUAAUCAAAACAUUUACUCAAACUGGAUAUAUGAAUGCUGUUUUGUUUUGUUCUCUCUCUCCAUCAAAUAUAGUGAAAUCCUUUGUGUAACCCUCUGUUGACAUUUCAAAAAGCAGUAUUAGUUUGUACUGGACAGUAAUGUAUUGCAGUAUGAAGUGUUUACAGAGCUAAUUAAGUUUAUGGUUUUUUUUAUAUUUAUAUUUAUUAAAUCAUUAAAAUCAUGUUUACAGAA